CCUCCUCUUCACUUCCACUUCCACUUUACUCACAGCCUCUCAUGCCUCAUACUACUCUUCCCUGCUCUCCGUCCAAGUCCGCUGAAUCUCACGCCUCCAAGUCCGCCAAAGAUGCCCGCCGCCGAAGACGCGAGCUCCGCCGCAUUCGGUCACUACCUGUUUCCACUUCCGCCGCAGCUCUGGAGGAUGAUACACCGCCGAGUUUGAGGCGCAAAACUUCCUACGGCAAGAUAUCCGUGGUCGGGCGGCGUAGGGAGAUGCACGACGCCGUGGCAGUGGAACUAGGUUUUCUCAAGAGAGAUGGUCAGAGCUACGACUUCUUCGGCGUUUUCGAGGGCCACCGCGUAGGUCUCGCCUGCCGCGAGAGGCUCGCUGAGAUCGUCGGAGAGGAGACUGAUCAGAGACGGAGAGAGUGGGAGGAGGUGAUGAGGGAGGCCUUUCAGAAGGUGGCGGCGCUGAUGGGGUUGGGGUCGGUGGCGGUGGUGGGGGAGACUGAGGUGGUGGUGGCGGGCUCCAAGGCGGUGCUGUGCCGCGGAGGGGAGGCGGUGCGGCUGUUGGAGAGCGAGGAGGAGGAGGCGGAGCAAGUGAAGGUGAGAGGUGUGAGGAGGAGUGGAGAGGAUGAGUUUCUCAUAUUGGGGAGUGAUGGAUUUUGGGAUGUUAUCUCUGACGACCUGCCUUACCAGAUUGCCACCAGGUAUUGCGCCACUCCUCUUGAUGAUGGGGCGGAGAAGGCCGUGGCUGUCAUGGCGGAGAUGGCGCUGGCUCUAGGUAGCAAGCACAAUGUUAGUGUGGUUUUGGUGGAUUUGAGAAAACCUAAUGCAAGUCAACAAUCUGGUUUUAUGUGACCCCUAAUUUUUUUUCUUCUUUGUAAAAUACUACUCUAGAAUGUAAGCUUCCCAAUUCCCUUUCUUGAUCAAGUGCGUGUAAGUUGUAACAAAUACCUGCAUAAGUUAAUAAUGGAGUAUCUUUUACCAUCA